GGGCCCUUUACAGUAGGAUCCCAAUAUGGCAGCAGCAGCGGCGGCGGGCGCAGGGCCCGCCGCGGUCGGGGCUGUCCGCACCUAGGGCCGCCGCCCGCUCCGGCUCUCCCCCAUUCCUUCCGCCUCCCCUCCCGGGCGGACGGACCCUCUUCCCCUCCCAAGGGUACUUUGGAGUCAGCUGCGCCCCGUCGCGUCCGACAUGAGGGAGAAGGGCCGCAGGAAGAAGGGCAGGACCUGGGCAGAGGCCGCCCGGACGGUCCUGGAGAAAUAUCCCAAUACACCUAUGAGCCAUAAAGAGAUCCUUCAAGUUAUCCAGAAAGAAGGACUUAAAGAAAUCAGAAGUGGGACUUCUCCUCUUGCAUGCCUGAAUGCUAUGUUACAUACAAACUCCCGAGGGGAAGAGGGCAUUUUCUAUAAGGUCCCGGGGCGCAUGGGAGUAUACACUCUGAAGAAGGAUGUUCCAGACGGGUUGAAGGAGCUCUCUGAUGGCUCAGAGGAGAGCAGCGAUGCCCAGUCCGACUCUCAGAGCUCUGAGAACAGCAGCAGCAGCAGCAGCAGCGAUGGGUGCAGUAACAAAGAUGGGAAGAAAAGCAGAUGGAAAAGGAAAGUGUCAUCUAGACUGUCACAGACAUCCUCCCCUCAGUCAGGCUGCCCGUCACCUUCCAUCCAGACAGGCAAAGUCAUCUCCUCAUCGCAGAAGCACAGCAAGAAGGCACUCAAACAGGCCUUGAAACAGCAGCAGCAAAAGCAACAACAGCAGCAAUGCAGAGCAGGCAUGCCCGUGUCGGCUAAUCAGCAUGUUCUUCUGAAGGCUGUCAAGGCAGCCAGUGACUCCACACCUGCAAAAUCUGCUUGGGAAGGAAAGCAGUCAGAUGGACAGUCAAGCAGCCCUCAGAACUCCACCUCCAGUUCCUCUCCCUCUGUUAAGCUUGAUAACUCCUUGCCAGGGCUGGGGAAGAAACCAUUCCAGAGAUCUGACAGGCUCCAUGCAAGGCAGCUGAAGAGAACAAAAUGUGCUGAAAUUGAUGUGGAAACUCCCGACUCCAUCCUUGUGAACACAAACCUGCGGGCACUGAUCAACAAGCAUACAUUCUCCGUUCUGCCUACAGAAUGCCAGCAGCGCCUGCUGCUGCUGCUGCCGGAGGUGGACAGGCAGGUUGGGGCGGAUGGUUUGAUGAAGCUGAGUGGCUCUGCGCUCAACAACGAGUUCUUCACUUCAGCUGCCCAAGGCUGGAAGGAGAGGUUGUCAGAAGGUGAGUUUACACCAGAAAUGCAGCUAAGAAUAAGGCAAGAAAUAGAAAAGGAAAAGAAGGUCGAGCUGUGGAAGGAACACUUUUUUGAGAGCUACUAUGGUCAGAGUUCUGGGUUGAGUCCUGAAGAGUCCAAGAGACUGACAGCAAACACCAGCUCUGCCGAGACAGAGACUGAAAAUCCAACAGCUGAACAGCCAAAAUGCACGCCAGCCUCUCUGGCACCACGCAAAGAGGAUAUUGCUUCUCCAUUAGAGUCUAAAGCACAAGCAGUCCAGGAAGCACCGGCGAUGAAAAAAGGAGGAGAGGAAAGAAGAGAGGACAUGCAGCCAAAACCAGCCAAACCUGCAGAGGCCUCGGUUUCCCCGGAUGGGUGUGCAGUGAAACCUAGUGACCAUUCUCUCCCUGUAAAAGAGAGAGUCCAAGGAGAAUCCAUUCAAGAGAAACCACAAACUGUCGCUAGUCAAAAGCCUGAAGAAGAGAGAAAGCACGCUGCAUCAAAGGAAGUGCUAGUGAAAGAGACUGUCAGUACCUCAGUUUUGGCCCCGAGUAAACCAAAGAGCCCCGAAGCAGGUGAAGUAGUAGCAAACAUGAAAAGUCCAGUGAUGACUCCAGAAACACCAGAAAAGAAGUCCCCUGUAAAUGAAGAGAUGGAAGUCAGUAUUGAAGCCCAUAAGAGGAAGUCAGAGAGUCGCGAAGAAGCUGUAACCACUCCUGAAAAAAAGCCACGCGUCAUGGAGAACUGUCAGCACCACCAGGCAUUUCGGACCCAGCCACAGUCCUUUCCUGCAGCAGGGACCCCGGUGCCACGGGUACCCCCACUCAAGAUUCCUGUUUCCAGAAUCUCCCCAAUGCCAUUUCCUGCGGGCCAGGUCUCUCCCAGGGCACGUUUCCCAAUCUCACUUACCAGUCCGGGAAGAACAGGGGCCAGAACUCUGGCAGACAUCAAGGCAAAAGCCCAGCAAGCCAAGGCUCAGAGGGCAGCAGCCGCUGCCGCUGCCGCCGCCGCUGCCGCUGCUGCCUCGACGGGGGGGGCUGUCCCAGGGCCUGGACCGGGCGGUGGUGGGGGCCCACCGGGCGGUGGAGGAGAGAAGAGUAACGCAGCAACGAGUGGAACCAACAAAACUGGAAUUCGAGGAAGUGCACUGGAACUGGCAGGAACUGGAAGCGGGGGAAGUUCGAGAGGGUUUCUUCCCCAUUGUCCAGGGACCCAUACCCAAAUGGAGACCCACGCCACGGACCAGGCACCACCUCACAAUCCUUCUAGAGCACAACUACAGCAAACUUCCACACUGCAGUCCAGAACUCCAGCCAGCAAUACAGGCACCAGCUCCUCCUCAUCAGCGGUAUCGGCAUUAGAGAAAACCAACAGAAUAAAGCAGAGCCCCCCCAGUAUGACUGUAAAUCAGGUUUCAGGCUCCCCGUAUGCUGGUAGCAGUGACAAACAAGAGAAAGCACCUUCGGCUCCAGCAGGUCCAAGCCAGGCCUGUGGGGCACCAGCUGUCAGGGAUGGAACAGUCUGCGUCAUGGUGUCCACAGCAGAUCCCAGCACAAAUGUAACUAAGGUAGCACCUACAGCCUUAGGAGGGACCAGCUUAGAUGUUUCUAAAAGCAAAUCUCCUUCCCCUCUGACAUCUUCACUAACAUCCGCGAGCUCAGAAGCCCAGGCUGGAGGUGUGGUCGCAUCUGCUACAUCUGUCCCACCCUCUAGCACUUCGUCAGCAGCGCCUAGCCUUAAAACUCAUGCAAGUUCAGGCUCAAGUGGGGCCCUCCCAAAACCAAGCUCCAGUAUUCCUGCUAACAACCCUUUGGUCACCCAACUUCUUCAAGGCAAGAACGUCCCUCUGGAGCAAAUCCUGCCGAAGCCUCUCACCAAAGCGGAGAUGAAAACUGUCCCAUUAGCUUCUCAUGAAGAAAAAGGGGCAGCAGCAGCAUCCAGUGCUACAAGCGUAGCAGGGAAUGGUGCUGGAGCCGAGGGCGGUGAAAGACAGUCAAGUUUACCCACACAACAGCUUGGGAAGAUCUUUUGCCAGAACAGGCCUCUGCCUCACAUUCCAAGGACCUUUCCACUCCCCUCGGGAAAGGACUCCAGUCUUGACCAGCACCAGUGCCACGAGGCACUCAGCAAAACAACCCAAGAGCAGAUCCUUCAGACUCUUAUCAAGAGGGUCCAGAGGCAGAAUUUGUUGCCAGUCCUUCAGCCUUCCCAACUGAACCUCACUCACUCAGGUUUCCAGUUAGAAAACAGCUCCACCAGCCAGAGAUUUAUGCUGGGUUUCAUGGGCAGAAGGACAUCCAAGCCUGCUAUGUCUGGGCAUUAUCUGCUCAACAUUUCCACCUAUGGUCGUGGUUCAGAGAGUUUGAGGAGAGGCUUCUCCUUGAACCCUGAAAACCGCUUGUGUCUGAACAGUCCUGCUGAUGCUCCAAAAACAGAAUUUGGGGAAUGUGAGGAGAUAGGUGGCCACGGCAGCAGCAGCGAUGAAGGAGAUGCAGAUGAUGAGAGUACUGGUGAUGAACGUGAGCGUAUCAGUGUAAAAGAGGAGCCCCAGGCUGCCCAGGCUUCUGGUCAGUGUGAAAAAGAGCAGGUAUCACAUAGCAUAAAUUCUUCGGAUUACAGCACCCUUCCUAAAAAGGGUGUAAAGACAGAAGCAGCCACGUCUCAGCAAGCAGCAGUCAACAAGGAGAACAUUCAGGCAUUUGACGGAACUACACUAGCACGAGAUUUUAUUCAAGCCGCUCAAGAGCAAAUGGCACAUGCAAUGAGGGGGAAAAUGCACAGCAGUCCGGAGCUUUUCAGUACUUCUGUACCGUCCUCGGACUCUGCGCAGCAGCAGCCUCCACUGCUUUCUCCUCCACACCCUGCAAAGCUAUCUGGAAAUGCUGCAGCACAGCUCAUUGGGCCCAGUUACAGUGGCACAAUAAAUGUCUCCACCUCCCCAGACGUGAACCAAGGGUCUAUUAUGACUGGGCUGUCUGAAUGCAAUCAGUUGUCCAGUAGCAUGGGGAACGUCAUGUCCUUUUCUGUGACUGUAACCACCAUUCCCACCAGCCAAGCUAUGAACUCUGGCAACCACACUCAGACCAUCCCCGUUCAAGCCUUCGCUGAAGACAACAGCAUGGAGGAUUCCCCUUCCAAAUGUUACUGCAGGUUGAAAGCCAUGAUCAUGUGCAAGGGCUGCGGUGCCUUCUGCCAUGAUGAUUGCAUUGGCCCCUCUAAGCUCUGUGUCUCCUGCCUCGUUGUGCGGUAACCGGGACGGGAAGUGGGGAAGAGGAUGACUUGUUGUUGGUUUUGCUUUCGGAAGUACAUUGGGAAGAAACAGGAUAUUUACUGCCUUGCACAAGAGACACGUUACUGAAUCAGGAAUACAGAGUAGAGUUCUUCUUUCAUUAAAGAAAGAGCACCUUCUUGUACAGUGAGUCUAAAUUGAGCUCAACUACGUGAAUUGUGACAAGAGUUUGCACUUAAGGAAUUAUGUAAAUAUGUCACAUUAUUUUGUUUAAAAGUAUUUUUUCAAUCUUUUAGGAGAUAGUGUUUGACUUGUACUGCAGUUUCAUUAACCCCAGCCUGCUAUCCAGCAUGUUUGCUGAGCUCUGCUCUAGAUGGGGGAACAAACCCCCGGCAAAACCUUAGCCUGUUGUUGGUCUUCUCUUGGCAAAGAGAAGAACUGGAUAAUCAAGAAAAAAUGUUUGUACUGACUGAUCACAGAGCACCGAAGCAGGAACCCCUGAGUGGGCUCACUUUGUUGCUCUGAAUUUUAGUUCAAAUUUUUCGGAAUUGGAAGGCAUUACCAUUGUACCAGCCUUUCAAGUAACUGCCUUUCACUUGUGACCAGGCUGUUUCCAGAAGGCAUACUGGGUUGUGCAAUAUUGGCUGGUGGUUUUGAUUUGCAUAUCCUCUCCCCUUCAAGGAGUCAGUUGCAGUAACCUUGUUUUAAGGAAGGUAGUGUCUCGAUUUGCUACUGGUAAAUACUGAAAAGGGCAACUGUACUAACCAUAGGAUUCAAGAAUUUAAAUCACUAAAACAACUCAGUAACCAUGAUUAUCAGUAAUCCCAAGAACCAUUUAAAGCAGAGAUCACAAAUAUGUGCUGAACUGCAUUUCAUUUCUGGACUGUCAGGACUCAGCAGAAAUCUGCUUUCUUAGGCAUUUCAAGUGAGCUGGAAAGUGCCAUCCCACAGUCAUGAACCAUCAGCUGUUACGGCACGUGAUGCAAGUGAAGUGCGCUAAGUGACACCCUCGGUCCUGCUGUUUUCUAGGAAGCUUACUGUGCUCAUUCAAACCUUCACAAUAGUCAGACGUCUCUAAUUUCUAUAGAAGAUUUUAUAUUUAGCUAAGUGUAGGGAAAGAAAAACAAGUGUCUUGUUGGGCCUCACCGUUAGCCUGCUGUGGGUGUCUCUUUGUGUUUUAAAAUACCAAAUCAGGCUUGACUCGGCUUGGAUUUUGCUCAGUUGAGGUCCGGGGUUGCAUUGGGGCUGGGAAAGACGGGCCCGGGGUGCGGGGGGAAGGGGGCUGCACCGCUCCCCUCAUACCUGAUGGUGGGACACAGCUAGUGAUGCUCAUCCUCACUUUCGGUGUUCACAAAUUCAUUCCCUCUGAUUAAUCUAAAUUAAAGCAGUUACAAAAUGGUACUCUGUUCUCAACAAGAAGAAUUGACGACAGGCUGGCUAAUGAAGCACAUGCCAAUCUGCGUUUUGAUGUAUCGCAACAUGUCCGCAUCACAUCCAGGAUCUGUAUGUUGUUUCUCUUCCAAAACAAAGAAAGUCAGGUUCACUAAUCAUGUCCAGUCCCAUGUUGUUGCUGUUCGGGGCGGGUGGGGGGCCAUACUGCAUCUUGGUCAGGUAACAGAUCUAUGUAUCUUUUUGAUGGAAAAGCACUGAAUUCACUUUUAAUCCAAAGGCCUUUUUAAGAUGAAGCAAUAUUAACAAAAUAGGUGGGACAGCUGUUUUGUGAGCUGGGGUCCUCAGCCUUUUUUCUUUCCAUUUGACUAUACUACUGCUUUCCCCUUUCCCUUCUCCCUCGCCUGGGAACCUGGCAUGCUGUUGGUAAAGAUCAGAAAUAAUUGCCUGUGAAGCAGUGUGUUUUUCCAAGGAGUGGGUGGUGAUUUAUUUGGUAAUGUUAAAGAAAAGAGAGUUGCAGACUUAAUCAUGUCGUAACAGAAACGUUUCCUUCCCUGUCCAGCAGAGCAUGGCGUCCCCUGGAGCAGGAUUAGUGGGUGUGAGUUAGCAAGAGCUGCAGCGUAUCUUGGUCUGUUUUGCUCAUCUUGAAUUUACUGGGGAGCAGUGACCCCUGAUUUCUACGCAUCACUGCUUAGACAUCCAGUGGCAAGGAGGAUUUAAGUAUUAGAAAUAAAGUUGCCAUUUUUUUAAUCGAAAACUGAAAUCUCAAAAAAAACCCAAAACCCUACACAAAAAUUACUCCCAGGUUUUUCUGUCACGCUGCACACACAUUGGUGGUGGUCGUAGCCCAAGGAAUAGCCCCUGGACUGUACAUGUUCCCACCGCCACCUGCGUGCAUGCACAUGCAGACCAGCAAACAUGGGUUGGCUUCUCCCCUUGCAGCCCCAGAUGCUGCAACAGGGAUAAUCUCGUUCCCUGGGGUGACUUGUACAUCAGCAGUGAUUCGGACAGCAGCCCAUCACUGCCUGCUUCCAUCUCUUGUGCUGUAAGAGGAAUUUCUGCCAGUUUUAAAAAUCUUGGGGCACAGUGUAGAAUGGUUUCAGGCCAGGUGCCCUGGGGAGUCGAGUACCGAGAGCAGGGUCUGUCCGUUCCUUAUUAACUCAAGCCUUGUCUAGACAUGAAAGAAGUUACAGCAGUGUAAUCCUCAGAAUGACACAUUCAUUCCUGUCUAAGACAGAUCCCCCAGUAUAAUCCAAUUUAAAGAUUGUGGCUAGUUACAAACUAAACUGGAAAAAGUCAUUCUUGCCUCAACUAAGAGUAAAGAGGUUUUGCUGGCAUAAUUGGAUCAAUUCUGUUCACACCUUGACUUUUAUCAGUGUAAUUGUUCUAGGCUGACAAGGCUGCUUAAGAGGGGGAAGGAGAAGAUGAUGAGGGAGCAGCAGGCUGUGAUCUGUCAGCUUGCUCUUAGCCCUCACGGGCUUUUCAGCCUGCUGCAGCUGCCGCUUGGAAAGGCUGUUCCAUUGCUCCUCUCAGCAUUUUCCAAACCAGUCACUGACCCUGGCUGUGGUUCCAGCUUGUUCCUCCCUUUGAAUUUUACAAGCAUUCUCUGUAGUGCGUGGGUUUGGUUUUCUGUGCCACAGGCACCUCUUGUGAGUCUACUCUGGAAGUGCAAGAAGCUGCUGUUUCACGCAUAGUCCUGCAGGAAAGGCGCUGGCCUGGCCGUUGCUGUCCCGGGUUGGGAUGUACGGUGACCACAAAGAUCUCCGUGGCUCCGGACAUGCAUUGGGCAGUGUAGGCAUCUUGUGUGAUGACUUGGAAGUUUACAACUCUGUUCAGUGCCUUAGUUGUAUUUUAAUGGAUCAGCACUUCUCUUGGGCUACUUUUAUUCUAUUUAAGAAAAUAAAUUCUUUUAACUGCAUGUCUUUUAACAUAUGCUAUGAGCUACUAGGUGCAACUUGAUGGAAGAAUCUCCACAGGUUUGCAAGAGGGCAUUAAGUAGUUAGGAAAUCAUUAGAAAUAAUGGGACUCGGUGUAAUAAUCACUAUAAGUACAGGUUGACAUAAAACCUUGAAAGUUUUGCAUGUUUUACAGUGCUGGUUAUUGAAUAAAGUAUUUUAGAAGGGGGAAAUCCUGCAGCCUGUAUAGGAGUGUUCCCUACGUGGGAUCAGCCUGCUGCUGCUGCCUUACUGCUGAGGCUCUUCCCGGCAGACUCCAUUCUUCCCAUCAUCUGACCUUCCCGCUCUUCCUUCCAGCAAGAUAAUAAACCUGCCUUCACACUGGAUUUACAAAUAUAAGGUGUGUUGUGACAUAGUUUAAAGCAUUAGACUUUGGUUCCCCAGGUAUUAAAUUAAUAGAACUAUAGUAAAUCCUGUCAUAAAAAAAAUCUGAGCUAAAAUGUUUUUGAAGCCUAAUGUCAAACUAUAUUUGUGGUAGUAAAAGCAACUUGAGUAAGAAAAGAUACUCAGAUUUAAAUUUUCCCUUUCAGGCCACAUCCCAAGUCCUGCAGCAUGAGAGCUAGAAAUACAGACUGAUCAAUGGAAUUUAACUUUCCAGUGCAAGAAAACCCCAGGUACAAGUUGUUGCAAUGGAGGAGCAAAUGCAGCGCUAUAAAUGAGUUCGGGUUUUGCGAUAGAUUGGUAGCACAGGGAAGGAAUGUUGUGUGAAAUUUUCAUGUCCCUUCUUAAAUCAAAAGGAAAGACCAAGAUGCUUAACAGUUACGCUGGUCCGCGGAGUUGUAUCUUUUUUACGGUAGUAAUAAAUAGCUGGCGGGGCAGCAAGUUCCUGGUCAUGUCAUUAACAGCCAGGAGGUAUCCUCAGGUCAUUACUUCUGAUGGGUGUUGUUCAUGCUGCUACGGAGGCAGCAAAGACCAUCCUGGAGCCGGUUCCUACCUGGCCUGCAUGCAGCGGUAGAUUGGAGCGGGACUCGGGCUUCUCUCCUCCGGGGAGGCUCAGUCUGACAGUUCGUUUGAACCCCUCGAAAGCGGGGGGACCACCAGAAGGGCGAGGAGCACCAGCCCUGCCCCAGGCGUCCUCCCGCCUUCGCUGGAGGUGGUCAGUCUUCAGCACUGCACAGCCACACAACCGUGGCAGCGGCUGAGAAGCGGUAGAGGUGUGUGGCCCGUGGUAGGGCUGGAGGCAGAACCCACUGCCGCUCUGGUGGCAAGACUGCCUUUGUGUCAUCUGAAAGUGCUAUGGCUUGGAAAAAAAGAAAUGGGCUGGCUUUAUUUUCCACUGAAAGGCCAGCAGUGUUCCUCAUUGGAAGUGUCUCACCCAGGGUGCUUGAAGCCCUGGGGAAACUUUUGUUUCGCUUGGGAGCUCUGCUCAGGCUGGGCUGUUUGAAAGCCACCAGUGGACGUCAGCGCCGGGCUUCGCCUCAGCGGCUCUGUUGGUUUCAGGGGUCAGCAGAUGAGGGUGCUCAGCUCUCCCCAGCUGGGACUGACUGGUUUGAACUUCCAAAAUCCCACAUCUGAAAACGUGAGUGGCUGCAGUGGCGGUAGGAGGGCAAAGAUGGCAUGUGCACACUGAAUUACUUCUGGCGAUUAGCGUGGAUUAAUUGCUGCGGUGGGGAGGGUGGGGAGAAGACCAUUCCCGGGACGUUGCUGCUUCUGGCACCCUGCGGCAUUGAGGAGCACCCUCAGCUAACCUGCUGUGUGCAGAGUUAACCUGGUGGGCGAGGAGGUCCCUGCAGACGGCGGGUCUGUUUGCCACCCACGUCUCAUAGGGAGAACAGCUCGAGUGUGUGUUAGGAUGAUGAUAUCCAGAAUUUUCUUUGUUACCUAGGUUGUUUUUUUUAAUGCUAUACAUUUGAUAUAACUGAAGAUCAAUUUUAAGAGCUUACAGUAAUAUAUUUUAAGUAAUAUAUAUUUUAGUAUCUGUAAAAAAAAAUUGACAAAGGAUGAUUUAUGAACUAGAUAAACAGGGUAUUGGGAGUAUGCAGUUUCUCAGCAAGGCCAAGAAUAGUUUUACUGGCAGGAGAACUGAGAAGAUUCAGUUUUUUCCAUUAAUGCAAUAAAAAUGGGAAUUCUUAAAAAGAAGAAAUCCAAUACUGUUUACCACAUGCUUUUUUCUUGUUUUGACAACAGGCCUGUAAACACAGUUUAGAAGAUACUAAACCUUUGUCUGUCUUUUGCCUUUUUAAAAGGGACUUAAAUUGGAAUAGAGGGUAUGUACAGAAAAAUCAAAUUGACACCAUUUUAAAAUGUAUUUUUACACAAAUAAUAUAGAAAAAUCAUAUUUUACAUAAGAAUUUUAAGUAUUUGAAAUAUGUAUAUAUAUACUGUAUGUACUUCAUAUAUUCUUUAUUUUACAUUUUCAAUGUAUUAAAAAGUAUUUGAGCUGGUUGGAUUUGAGCAUGUAAUAAUGUUUAAAAAAAAAAAAAAAAAAAAGGAAAAGAAGAAAAGAGGGAGAGAGGAUGCAAGUACUGUACCACUGCAGGAGCUGCUGUUAGCAACUACAGGGUAGCAGAGGAACCAGAAGUUGAGGAGCAAAUGAAUUUUUGAAGAGUUUAGCAGUUUUAGAUAGAUAGAGCAUACAGAGCAUUUUUCAGUCCUGUGUCCUGUUUGUGUUUCCAUUCAUAUUUGUUCAUUUUGCCUCAUAACCACCCAGAAUAAUCUAUGGUGAGAAGACAAGAAGUUGAGGUGGAUCUUUUAUACAAGCAAUGCUACCUUUAUAGCCAAAGAGACAUACUGGUACAGAAGCUAUUCAACCAAAACAAAAUCGGAAGCUAGUCAGUUUUGCUGUGCUGCUGAAAUUUUAAUAAAUAGCUUGAUUUCUUGUGUGAGCAUCUUAUGGCGCUUUUUGAGGAAUUCAAAUGAUAUACCAAAAGUCCAGUGAUUUCAAGGAAACGCUAUCAAAGCAAAUUUUUUUUUUUUUUUUUUUUUUACUUUGUAGGAAUUUUGGUGAAAAUCAUACUGUAGAGGAUGAUACAUCUUUGCAGCUAUUAGAAAUGGAGUGAAUUCUCAUCAGGAAUGGGAUCCUAGAGAUGCUCAUCUUGAGCAGCAAUUAUCUGAUACACACACACUGCAGAGAGCAGCCGCAGAGUGGGUCAGACAGGAAAGGUGUGCAAAUGAGGAGGUCGCGGCGCUGUCAGGAUUAAGCUGAGAUACUCAGCGCUGUGUAUCAGUUUCCCCUGCGUGCUGGUACUGCUUCAUGGAACUAUUUAUUAGAGUAAACAGCAAAUACUGCUUGUUCUGUGUAUACUUGUUUCUGAAAGACUAGGAGAUCUGCAGCCCCUGUAAUUGCUGGCCCCAAUUCUGCAUAUAGAGAGAGAGACUAAUCUACUGAGAGAAAGGUGGAAAUGGCCCCACAGCACAGGAAGCACAGUACACUUGCCUCAUCCCCUUUUGUAUGAUGCCCAUUUUGGCCUAGAUGAAUCUCAAAUGACAUUUACACUAUUCCACUUACUCCAGCAAGCAAUUACAGGAAUCCUGUCUAUAAAUUGGAGAUGUUUACAGCACUUCUCUGUUGCUGGGACUUAUAGGGAAGGAAACCGAAUGUGGGAAAAGAAGAAGCAUUAACAAGUCAAGUUUUAAAAGUACAAAUCUAAACCCUGAAAAGGCAGGCAACUGAUUAUUUUUAUACUGCUUCAAUUAUUAUCAGAAUCUCUUGAAAAAACAAAACAUGGCACCUGAUACUUUGUCAAAACUUGCUAUUGACACAUUGAGGGGGGCUUUCACUCUAUAAACAGUUGCACUGUAAGAAAGUCCCACUGUUUGGGUGUGUGUAUAUACAUAGAGUCUAUAGUGGGGGGGCCGUGCAGGUGUGUGUGCAUGUAUACAUAUGUACACACAGCUAUAUUUUAGCUAAGUGUACAUAGUAAGACCAGCUUUGUCUCAGUCUUCUGGUGACAUUACACCUUGCAAAGUUACCACAUACCUGAGACAAUUACAGCUUUUAUAUUUGUUUUCAUAUUUAAGAUAUAUGGGUUAGAUAAAAUAUAUAAUAGCAAUGUGUUUUGAUCUGCUGCACUUUUUAAAAAAAACAAACAAACAUUCCUUAUUCCCCUGGUACUGCUGCAUCUCCCAUUCCUUCCUCUCCCAAUUUAAAACAUAAAACCAAUUGGUUGUACCUUUCAGUUAAGACUUCUCAGAUGCUGCAUUAUAGAUUUUAUACUGGAAAAGCUGGGCCAAGAGUUUAACUUUCGGAGGCCAGGCCUCCAGGGUCCUCAUGGCCCAAUGCCAGGGCCAACAGCAGGAACAUGAACCAAGAGGCAGUGCAGGCAUCGAAAUGAGUACGAUGCAGCUACUGCAGCUUACUACAGGACUGUUUCCCAAUUGACACGAUUUUAACUGUACUGCCUGUGCGGAUGCUCUUAGCCCACCUGUAGGUGAGAAGGGAGAGGCAUUACCUUGAACCUCAGGGACCGAGGUUUCAGUAACAGUUUUUUGAUCCGGUGUCUAGAGGUGUACCAAGGAUACACCCACAAACAGCCGACUUCACUGGAUUUACAGCACCCUCCAUUGCCGUAAAUCUGUGCGAUUGUAAACCCAUACAUACCCUAUCGCAGUCCGUCUGCAUAGUCAAACUUAAGAAAUGUGGCAAGGUUUGUAUAGAAAAAAAAGGAAUUGUAGUUCAGUAAGGUAACUUCUAGGCAUUUAAAAACAGCACGGGCCAGUUCCAGCAAAGGAGCAAUACAUCAGGGACAAACAUGGUCCAUCGUGCUGCAGCUAUGCAUUUUGGCAAAGGUUGUUUUGUCAACAAGUUUUUCACUCAUUUUGCUGUAUAAGAUUCCACCUUAGCUUCUCACCAGCAUUAAGAGGGAUGUGAGGAGUGCUAAAAACAGCCUAUUUCUAACCUGUCACUUGAAGAUCUGUGUGCCCUUAGGAGAUAGCACUUUGACAAGGAAAAGCCUGCCCUGUGGCUUAUGUCUUAUUGCAGAUUCUGUUCCUCUUCCUCUCACUUAUUUUUGUCAUGUAAAACUACCUGCUUUAUAAAUGAAUGUAAAAUACAGUAGUUCUUCAGCACAUGGACAAACGUGUAUUUUAUCUUAAUGUUUCAUUUUAUGUUAAAUAAAAAGCAUAUGAUUUUAUGGUCA